UGGUCACACCAAAACAGAGGUGGUGGUUUUCACAAAUGUUUUCAUUUUAAAUUAAUUAAAUUAGUUAAAAUAGACAGAAAAGAGCCUGGAACUUGAUAGUUUUUAGUACAAAGAUAAAAAGAAAAUAUGUCGCCAAAGUCUCAGUGGGCUUGGAUUCUCCUGAGUGCGCUCCUGCUGGCUUUGGGAUCGGCGGCGGUAUCCUCGCGGGUUCUGGAACUGAGCGAUCGCUUCAUCGAUGUGAGACAUGAAGGCCAGUGGCUGGUGAUGUUCUACGCGCCAUGGUGCGGCUACUGCAAGAAGACGGAGCCCAUAUUCGCCUUGGUGGCCCAGGCGCUGCAUGCGACGAAUGUGCGAGUGGGCCGCCUGGAUUGCACCAAGUAUCCAGCCGCUGCCAAGGAGUUUAAGGUUCGAGGAUAUCCCACAAUUAUGUUCAUCAAGGGAAACAUGGAGUUCACCUACAAUGGCGACCGUGGCCGCGAUGAACUGGUCGACUAUGCCUUAAGAAUGUCUGGUCCCCCAGUCCAGUUAGUCACGCGAACUGAGAGCGUGGAUAUGCUAAAAGGAUCCCACACGAUCUUCUUUAUGUUUGUUGGCCAGCAGGAGGGUGUGGUGUGGGAUACGUACUAUGCGGCGGCGGAGGGGUACCAAGAGCACGGGUUCUUCUACGCCACCGGUGAAGAUAUUGCCGCCCAGCACUUUGACUUUGAGAAACUGCCAGCAGUUAUUGUUUACAAAGAGGAGCAGCACCACUUCUAUCCCCACGGCCACCUGGCUCACGAAAUGGAUCCCAAUGAAGUGAACGAGACCAUCUUCCAGUGGGUGAAUGUGGAGAGGUUCACCUUGUUCCCGAAGGUCACACGAUUCAAUAUCCACCAGUUGCUAAAAACGAACAAGUACUUGGUUCUGGCGGUUGUACAGGAGGAUAAGCUCAACCAAAUAGCCACUCACGAGCUGGAGUUCCGAGACAUGGUCGAGGGAGUGAUACGAAAACAUCGUCCUCGGUAUCACGACAAAUUCCAAUUCGGAUGGAUUGGAGAGCCUUCCAUAGCCCAUUCAAUCAUUCUGGACCAACUGCCCACGCCCCAUCUGAUUGCCAUAAACUCGAGCACCCAGCACCACUUUAUACCGGAUGACGAUCCAUUGCAGAUGACCCCACAGGCCUUGCACCUGUUCCUUGAGUCCAUUGCCAACGAAAGCGCCGUAGCCUACGGAGGAGAUACGUACUUUGUGCGCUUGAACAGGGCUUUGUUCGAGGUGCGAAGAUCCCUGAGGGAUAUGUGGCAGGGUAAUCCUGUACUGACCACCGUCAUCUUUGGCCUGCCCCUGGGAUUCCUUUCGUUAAUUAUGUACUCCAUAUUCUGCGGGGAUUGCUUGGUUACGGAGGAAGACCCGGAAGAGGACCACGAGAAAAAGGAAUAAGCGGAAAGGUCUUUCCCAGACGAUCUCGAUUUUCUAAAGCUAGUAAACAAAACUAAGAGUAGAGAGUAUAUCCAAACGGAAUAGAAGAGACCAUGCAAUAAGUCACCAUUCCCAUCCCCUAGAGAAACUUUUCUACCGCCUAUAUGUAAGCCAAAUCUAGUCCUAUGUCAAAUCAUCUCACGUACGCUGGAGGAGAAC